UCAGUCUGCAAAGGUUGGGUUAGGGAAUGUCAGCACGAUAUGUUGUUGUGCAAUGGCGUCUAAAACUGAAGCAACAGCUGCAAGGACAGAUGAACCGACAUGCACUGAGGAGAAAAUAGGUAGUUUGUGGACUGAUUUUACCCAGAACACAGGAUUCCACGGAGUGAAUAAACUCACCCCCGGACGAAGCUACAAGAUUAGAUGCUUUUCAUGGACUGUCGCAGUUUUGGCGAUGACAGCAUACAUGACCUACAACAUCACAAAGGAGCUGAUGAAUUACUACAGAUACCCAGUGAUAACUAACACGAAGGUGGAAGUCCUCGAGGAGCUGCCUUUUCCUGCCGUCACCUUCUGCAAUCUGAGUCCGUUUAAUCUAACCAAGAUUAAAGCAGUCGAUCCUUAUCUGGAGGAGUAUUUCACAAAGAUCAGCCUGCUAGGAUACAUGGCGGGAAAUCUAAAUUGGAGUGACCCUGGCUACGGGUCUACAUUUCGGAAGAAUCACAAACAGGACUGGUGGGAAAAUAUUACCAUGACUCCAAAACAUAUGUUUUAUAGUUGUUCGAUGAAUGGUGUUGGAUAUCAACCCUGCACCGCUGCAAUGAAACCUGUUUUCACUACCAUGGGUAACUGUGCCACCUUCAACUGGAAUGCUUCUGAUGUUGCUAAAGUUCGACUUACUGGAUCAGACUUCAAUCUUAUCAUGGAUGUCAAUAUUGAUCAGGCCAACUAUGUUAUUGGGUCUCAAGUGGCUGCUGGGAUGAAGGUAAUUUUACACGACCCUCGUGUACACCCAGAUCUUGGCGACAUCUUCCUUCCUGGCAGCUCCAGGAACAUCAACAUACGCUUCUGUUCGCAGAUCAACGAGUGCAGUACCUCAAAAUACGAGUACCUGCCACCACCCUAUCAGGCCUUCAAGAACCGGACAUGCUUGGACACUUUAUCACCCUCAUUUAACAACACACUGCAAUAUUUCGACACCUACACAUAUGAAAACUGUCUUCAGGAAUGCAUCACAAAGUUAAGUCACGACCGUUGCGGUUGCAUUCAGCCAGCAGAUAACGCAAGUAUUGGACACAUUUGUUCCCUUUAUAACUUAACAGUCUGCUACAUUCCAGAAUAUGUAACUCUCAGGCAAAAUGCGACGAUUCAGAAAUCUUGCGGCUGUCAAGUGCCAUGUUCAUUCGAGACGUACGAUGUCAAACUAUCCACAUCGAGAUACCCAUCCGACGUGUCAGUGGCGCUCAUCCUGAAGCAUGGGCAUGCACCAGAUGAGGCAUUUAUCAGGGACAACCUUCUCGAAAUACGGAUGUUCUAUGACAACCUGAUCAUCCAAUCAACAUUGCAAACUCCACAGUACACAACUGAGACCAUAAUAGGUAACCUGGGAGGUCAGAUGGGCAUCUGUCUGGGAGCCAGUAUCCUAACACUCACAGAACUCGGAGAGUUCUUCCUCUUUCUCAUUGUCACGAUCUUCAGGAAAUGGAAAUAUGGCGGCGAAGGCAAACCUAUUUAGCACUGAAGUAAACUGUUGUCUAUGACUAAUGAAACACAAUUUUAAGUAGUUAAAUAUACUUUUAUAGUAAAUUUAGAAGCAGAGGACAAUUUUGAUUGUUUCCAGUACUUUGGCGGAGCAAUAUAACUUGAAAUAUUUUGAUGGGUCUGUUAUCGAUGAUUGAUAUACUUUUUGAUAGUCAAAGCGAUUUUUUUUACAUAUCAAAAGGAGUGUCACAAAAGUUAUUAAUUUGUUAACAUAAAUAAUAAAUUGUCAUAAUCGUGAGAAAGCCUGUGAUUUGUCCUUAUGUGUUGUCUUAAUAAGUCAUUCACGACAUUCCUAUUUUCGUGUUCACAGUAUGAUUAGUUGUUACAAGCUGUACAGUCAUUUUAUGUUUUUCAGGACUGGUUGAGGUUUUUCCGUAAAUGCAGAUGAGUUUUUGACUAAAAAGGAUGAUCAAAGUUCAUUAUGAAUGUUAACGUUCUUACUAAUUUCUUGAACAUUUGCCCACAUGGGUACAAUGAGUGAAGCCAUUUCUGGUGUUCCCCGCCGUGAUGUUGCUGGAAUAUUG